AUGAACGCAAAACCAACAACAAGAAUGAAGAUGGAAGAAAUGUAUGGAACGUUGUUCCAGGGUUCGUCCUGGGAUUCACCCGCCGACAGAUCCAGACACAAGCUGUCAUACUCUGACAAACGGGACCAGGACAAUUCACCUGAGUCGGCUCCUCCCACUGAGAAGACUUUCACUGACGACGUUACAGACGCCCAUCUCGUACCGACUGUCUGUGAACCUUGUGACCACGGACCUGCGGCCUCCAUCUCUUCAGACCACGGACCUGCGGCCUCCAUCUCUUCAGACCACGGACCUGCGGCCUCCAUCUCUUCAGACCACGGACCUGCGGCCUCCAUCUCUUCAGACCACGGACCUGCGACCUCCAUCUCUUCAGACCACGGACCUGCGGCCUCCAUCUCUUCAGACCACGGACCUGCGACCUCCAUCUCUUCAGACCACGGACCUGCGGCCUCCAUCUCUUCAGACCAGGUCAUCUCUUCAGACCACGGACCUGCGGCCUCCAUCUCUUCAGACCACGGACCUGCGACCUCCAUCUCUUCAGACCACGGACCUGCGGCCUCCAUCUCUUCAGACCACGGACCUGCGACCUCCAUCUCUUCAGACCACGGACCUGCAGCCUCCAUCUCUUCAGACCAGGUCAUCUCUUCAGACCACGGACCUGCGACCUCCAUCUCUUCAGACCACGGACCUGCGGCCUCCAUCUCUUCAGACCACGGACCUGCGACCUCCAUCUCUUCAGACCACGGACCUGCAGCCUCCAUCUCUUCAGACCAGGUCAUCUCUUCAGACCACAGACCUGCGGCCUCCAUCUCUUCAGACCACGGACCUGCGGCCUCCAUCAGACCUGUUGCUGCUGACGAGGUCAACACUCGAGGAUUCCGCCGGAAGAAACCUUUUAAACGAAUCAGAAAAUUUUUGGGCAGAAUUAAGAAGCAAUUCAUUUCAAUCUUCACAUGUGGAAGGAACAAACAGGCGUUUCCCAAAAGAGAAAAAGUGAUCCACAGUGACACCACCAGCUACAGAAUAAUGGACUUCAUCGGAGAGGGGGUUUAUGGCAAAGUCGCUCAAUGUGUGGACUUGACCACAGGCGAGGAUGUGGCAAUAAAGAUCUACAAAGAGAACGAUGAAGAAAUCAUCCAAAGUGAAUUAGCGACGUUAGAAGAGGUCAGAGCUCUUCACCACGACCGACACAACAUAGUCAAAUUCAUUGAGAGUUUCCAUUUUGGUGAACUCCCUUGUCUGGUCUUUGAGAUGCUGGACACGAGUCUCUGCGACAUGAUGGAGGACAGAGAUCACACCAGACUCGGUCUCAAUGAAAUCCGCCCUGUGACCCAGCAGCUGCUGGUGGCGCUGGAAGCCCUGAAGAACAUGGGCAUCAUUCACAUGGACCUGAAACCCGACAACAUCAUGUUGGUGGAUCACAAGGAUCAACCGUUCAAAAUCAGGCUCAUCGACUUCGGUCUGGCUCUUCGUCUGAGCCAAGUGGAGGUGGAAGAGGCGAUUCAGAAUCUGGCCUACGCAGCUCCAGAAGUGGUCCUGGGCCUCCGCUUGUCAGAGGCUGUUGACAUGUGGGCAGUAGGUUGUGUUAUGGCAUAUAUGUACUUUGGCAUGGACUUGUUCCCUUUUGACUGUCCGUAUGACUGGAUGAAUACUGUGGUGCACCUGCUGGGCUGUCCAGAUAAGAACCAGAUAAACGCCGGUAAGCGCAGCGCGAUGUAUUUCAUCUUGGAUGAGAAAGACGAGUGGAGACUGAAGUCACCCGAGGAGUUCGAGGAGGAAACUGGUGACACGCCAACAGUCUCCAUGAGUUUCUUUCACUUGGUCGAUAAUUUGGAGAAUGCCGUAGAGAUAUUCCCAAAAAGAAAGAGUGAUCUUGAGCAUGAAGAUCGGACGGCGUUUGUAGACCUGCUCCAGUGUUGUCUGCAGCUCAGCGCUGAGCAGAGGAUCAGUCCCAGUGAAGCUCUUCGUCACCGCUUCAUAACAAUGUCUCACCUGGUGGACGAGACGGACACCAGCUCCUACGCAGACGCGGCCCUCGAGUUCAUGGAGGCGUCGUCCUGCGGUCGUCCAGACAAAGCUCACGAUUCAUCUCAUUGAGUGAAUUCACCUGAUGAAGACGCCGAAAUUGAGAGUGAUGUAGAAACGGACUUGAGAAAUUCAAAGUCAAAGGAUUUGUGUUUAAGUUUUGAUUCAUUGUUUGAAGAUUUCAUACUCUGACAAUCUGCCCUUGUGGCGUGGGAGGUCACCUGAGGCCGGACUCCAGUCGACAGGACGAACUCAGCCAGAUGCCAAAGGAUCCAGAGCCGUCGAGAGAGAGUUGUCUGCUGAGGCGUCAGGUUUCCUCCGCUUCCCUCCCACAUUCAUCCAAACAUCAAGUGCAAUUCCAAUAAAAGUCUUCAAAUGUAAA